GCAUGAUGGCGCAACAUGUAGGUCGUUCAGGUAAAUCGCCGGCUUUUUUAUUAAUUAUAAUAUUAAUUUACAUCGAAUCAUCAGUUAUUAAUUCAUUUAAACUACCAUAUAAUAAUAAAGUAUUUAAUAAACCAGUUAUAAGUGACAUUAAAUUGAUAACAAGUGAUAAUUAUUAUUUAUAUAAAUUAUUAAACAAUAAUAAUAAUAUCAAUAGUAACACAACAACUACGAGUGAUAGUUAUAGUUUUGGUGCAAGUACUGGUGCUGGUGAUGGUGAUGAUGAUGAUGGUGUUGGUGAUCAUGAUGAAACUUGUGGUGAUGAUAAAAAUAAAUACGUUUUAGUUAAUGGGGUUAAUAUUAAUUAUUUAAAAUAUUUAAGGUGGACUAUUGAUAAAAGUACUUGUGAUAUUAAUAAUAAUAAUAAUAAUAAUAAUAAUAAUAAUAAUAAUAAUAAUAAUAAUUAUAUUAAAAAUAUAUUGAGUAACAGUGAGGGUACAAGUGGUAUUUUUUUAUUUAAAAAUUGUUUGGAGGUUACUGAUGUAUAUUUUUGUCAGUAUGAUCACUGGGGAGAUAAAAAAGUUGAUUAUGAUGAGAAACAAGGAUGGAGGAUUAUUGAUAAUUUUGUGGUUAAUUUACAAAGAGAAAAACGUGAUCUAUCGGAUAUGGGAUUGUCAUUAAAAAUACCGGACAUUGAUGCUGGUGGAUUACGUAUUGAGGGAUUAAGACUGGAAGGCGAAGAAGAAGAGCAUGAGUUUGAAUAUGGAAUACCCAAAGUCGUGGGUGAAACUUUUGUAACGAUACGUAUUUUCGGCGUUGGUAUUACUAAUGAUACUGUUAUCAGUUUUACUGAUAUUAAACUAAAUCGUGGUGAGAUUUGCGACAAGAUUAAGUCACAGGAAUUUAUUGUAGAAAAUGUCGAAGAAUUCACAGCUACGAUAUCAGGAGAACUUCCACUAGGAUCACCCUUUUAUAUGUGUGCGAAAUAUAAAUCGACUGCUAAUAAAAAUACAUUGUUUCGUCAUCAAGGGACGGAAAUGUAUAAGCAGAUCAUAUCCUACAAAAAAACUUUACCACUCUGGCUGCAAAUAGUGGUAAUAUUAACAUGUUUAUCAUUCUCGGCGUUAUUUUCUGGUCUUAAUCUCGGAUUAAUGUCAAUGGAUCGUACGGAAUUGAAAAUUUUAUGCAACACUGGUACGGAAAAAGAACGCAAAUACGCGCGUACUAUACAACCAGUACGAAAUUAUGGAAAUUAUCUUCUGUGUUCAAUAUUAUUUUCGAAUGUACUUGUUAAUUCUAUUUUUACAAUUCUACUGGAUGAUUUAACUUCCGGUACUGUAACUGUCAUCGGCGCUACUUUGGCAAUCGUUAUUUUUGGUGAAAUUUCACCGCAGGCAUUUUGUAGCAGACAUGGAUUAUGUGUCGGCGCGAAAACAAUCUACAUAACAAAGUUAACGAUGUUUAUAACAUUUCCCCUGAGUUAUCCAAUAAGUAAAUUUUUGGAUUACAUGUUAGGAGAGGAAAUAGGAAAUGUCUACAAUCGAGAGCGCCUUAAAGAACUAGUUAAGGUAACGACUGGUUAUAAUGAUCUAGAGAAAGACGAAGUAAAUAUAAUAGCCGGUGCCUUGGAAUUGAGAAAAAAAACAGUCGCUGAUGUGAUGACACGUAUUGAAGAUGUCUAUAUGCUCGACUACAAUGCGGUGCUUGAUUUCGAAACUGUUUCUGAGAUUAUGAAAUCAGGAUUUUCACGAAUUCCUGUUUAUGAAGGAUCAAGAAAUAAUAUUGUUACAAUGUUAUAUAUAAAAGACUUAGCAUUUGUUGAUCCUGAUGAUAAUACUCCACUAAAAACUCUCUGUCAAUUCUAUCAAAAUCCAUGUAAUUUUGUCUUUGAAGAUGUAACACUUGAUAUUAUGUUUAAACAAUUUAAAGAAGGUCACAAAGGACACAUGGCGUUCGUGCAGCGUGUCAACAACGAAGGUGAGGGUGACCCAUUUUACGAAGUAAUAGGCUUAAUAACUUUAGAAGACGUUAUCGAGGAAUUAAUUCAAGCUGAAAUAAUGGACGAGACUGAUGUUUUUACUGAUAAUAGAAGUAAACGUAGGAGAUUAAAUAAUCGUCCAAAAUUACCAGAUUUUACGGUAUUUGCUGAGAAAAAAGAUAGUCAACGUAUACAUAUUUCACCCCAAUUAAUGUUAGCAAUGUUUCAAUAUUUGUCAACAACUGUGGCGCCAUUUAAACCAGAUACAAUAUCAGAAACAAUAUUACGUCGUUUAUUAAAACAAGAUAUAAUUCAUCAUAUUAAAGUAAAAUCCCGCGAAAAAGCGCGAAAUGAUCCCGCGGCAUUAAUAUAUACGCAGGGUAAAGCUGUUGAUUAUUUUGUAUUAAUAUUAGAAGGACGUGUUGAAGUAACUGUUGGUAAAGAAAAUUUAACAUUUGAAAGUGGGCCAUUCACUUAUUUUGGUUGCCAAGCACUUGCUACUAAUAUUGGAGUUGUCGAGUCGCCGACGACAAAUGUUAAUCCACAGACAUUAGGAAGUAUACAGUCUAUUAAUUUAGAUGCGAUACUUCGGCAUACAUUUGUACCUGAUUAUUCAGUACGUGCUGUUACUGAAGUAUUUUAUCUAAAGGUCAAAAGAUCAUUGUAUUUAGCUGCUAAGAGAGCGACGUUACUUGAAAGAAGUCAGAAAGAUCCGUCGCCUAGUAAUGAUCAAUUUGAUGAUGAAGUUGAAAAGUUGCUGCACUCGCUCGACGAAGACGAUCGUAGCAUCCAGUCAUCACCGAUCUUAAGCCGUUACGAUGAUUUUAAAUCAACAGAGCCAACUUCACCAGUGAAAAGCGCAACAGUUCCCACAUCACCUACACCAGUAAGCGCCUCUCCUGUAACAAAUUCAAAAUUUUUACCUCAGAAUAGAUCGAGCGAACCUAACGGCCAAAUUCGUAAUUCAUCUCCUGGUAAAACUGAUGACUCAAUAACAACUCCCAUAAAUUCAUUAUCAGUAAACACAUCAAAUAAUCAAGAAAAUCAAAAAUUAGAUUUAGAUGCAGAAAUAGCCACGCGUUUAUCAAAUAAAAAAAGUAAUAAUGAUGAUAAUAAUGAUGAGUUAACAAAUUUAUUAUCUAAACAAGAUCGUUCUUAACAUUUACAAAAUGGCCAUACGAAUAAUAGUAAAAUCGUAAUGGCUUCUAUCAACGAAUCCGAUAGUAAAAGAUGAAACUUUUUUUUUUUAUAAAAAAAUAAAAAUUUUUUUUUAUGACAAAAAAAAAAAAUUGAAAUAUUUUUAGAUACUUAGUCGUGUGUAAAAAAAAUAAUUGAGCAUGCUUACUUAAAAUUAACUAUUUAAUUUGAGUAAUUAAUUAAUUAAGUAAUUAUAGAAAAAAAAAUUUGAUUUCCGCUCAGGGAAUAAAAAUGCCAAAAUUAAUUUUUUUCAUCGACACUUCCAAUUAAUAAUUGUUAUUAAAUUGUUAAUUACAGUAAUUAAUUUACAAUAGAACUGAUUAAUCAUGUAUCCAUAUUUUAUUAUUAUUAUUAUUAUUAUUAUUAUUAUUAUUAUUAUUAUUAUUAUUAUUAUUAUUAUUAUUAUUAUUAUUACUAUUUUUAGUUAAUUUUUUUUUUUUAAUCAUUUUUUGUGUAAUGAAAAUUAAGUUGAGCUUUUGAAAAGGCAAUGGAAUUUUUAAAAGGGUGCCAUUUACUCAUUACAUUGGGGAAAGGAAAUUGAGUGGAAAAUAUGAAUUUUGAAUUUUUAAAGUUGAGAAGAGGUGAAAAUAAAUAUUUUUACAGCGUAGAGAAUGUAAUUACGUGUUUAAUGAGUACCCACAUCGAUAGGUUUUGAGAAGUUUAUUUUUUUAGGAAAUUUAAAAUUUUGCAUUUUUAAAAAAAUUUUAUAAUUUUAAAUAUAGGCUUCUGGGUACUCAUUUUAUAAAAAAUUAUAAACUGUACACGACAGACGUUUAUUUUUGAUAAAAAGAAAUUUUUUUUGAUUUAGUUAUUUUUUGAAAAAGAUCAUCUCACAAAAACGAGCUUGCAAUUAUUACUACUCAUUUAAAAAAUUUCAUUUCAAUAUAAUGUUUAUUAGACUGGGCCAAAAAAAUUUUUUCUUUCGAUACUGUGAAAAUAUUAUUCCUGAUGACUAAAAAAAAUUAUUGUGCAAGUUUGAGCCCUUAAUAUUAAUAUUAAGAGGUGUAUCGUUAUGACUAUUCGUUUUUUGAAAGAAUUUUCAUUUUUUACCCAAAACUCGUAAAUCAUUUGUCUGAAAAAUUUGAGCAAUGUAUAUUCUUAACGGAAAUUGGAUUCCCUACAAAAAAUCUCUCUUAGUAAAUUGACGUAAAACGAGCCGAUUCCUUGUAAUCGUGCCUUAAAUGUUGAUUUGUUUAUUAUAUUCUUUGCUUUGAUUUUGGAUUUUUGUAACUACUAGAAAUAUUAAAAUUUUUUUCCAGUCAAGAUAUAUAUUUUUGAAGGAAAUUUAAUGCUCUACAAAAAAAGUAUUUUAACAUUUUUCGCUAAAUUCACUCCUUCAAAAGUUAUUUAGGUGAUUAUAGUCCUUUUGACUCAAAUUCAACCUUGAAUAACUUUUGAAGGAGUGAAUUUAGCGAAAAAUGUUAAAAUACUUUUUUUGUAGAGCAUUAAAUUUCCUUCAAAAAUAUAUAUCUUGACUGGAAAAAAAUUUUAAUAUUUCUAGCAGUUAUGAAAAUCCAAAAUAGAAACAAAGAAUUUAAAGAACAAAUCAAUAUUUAAGGCACGAUUACAAGGAAACGGCUCGUUUUACGUCAAUUUACUAAGAGAGAUUUUUUGUAGAGAAUUCAAUUUCCUUUAAGAAUAUACAUUGCUCAAAUUUUUCAGACAAAUGAUUUACGAGUUUUGGGUAAAAAAUGAAAAUUCUUUCAAAAAACGAAUAGUCAUAACGAUACACCUCUUAAUAUUAAUAUUAAGGGCUCAAACUUGCACAAUAAUUUUUUUUAGUCAUCAGGAAUAAUAUUUUCACAGUAUCGAAAGAAAAAAAAAAUAGUCGAUUUUUUUGGCCCAGUCUAAUGUUUAUGCUUUAUUUUAAAAGCCUCACGCAAUUCAUUAUAUGAAAAAAAAAGAAAAAAAAUAAAUAAAAAAAUAUCCACGUGAUUUUAUCUGACAAUUUUUUUUUGCCACUCGGAAUGAGACGGAAAUAAAUACGUGGAUCAUUUAGAACACGUGAUAUCUAGUAGAUUGAGUACCCACAGGCCUAUAUUUUAAAAAAUUAAUUUUUUUAUAAAUUCAAAAUUUUGAUUUUUAAAACAAAAUUACCUGAAUUUAAAUACAGGCUUGUGGGUACUUAUUUUACUGGGAAUCGUUUGCUCUACAAGCUAACACUAUUUAUUUGUGUCUUCCUUCUACCGAAAGCCAAAGAGAUGCUUAAUUUACCAUUACGCGUAUUUAAUAAUUUUUUUUUUUAAUUCCAAAUCUACUUCAAAAGCUCUGUACGAGUCACAGAUACAAUUAAAUUUUAUUAUCUAUUUGUUGAUUAAAUCAAUGAGUAGAUUUUUUCGUUUUUUAAUAGUUAUUACUUUUAUCAGUUACUUAUAUCAAUGAAAUGUCAAUAAUUAAUUGAAAAAAAAAAAAAAAAAAAAAAAUAAUAAUAAAAAAAAAAAAAUGUCUUUUUUUAUACAGUCGAUAAUUAAAUAUAUGUAUAAAAUAGGUAAUAAAGAUUUUUUAUAUAAGGCAUCAUCAUUAAAUAUUCUUAAAUCAAUAAAAAUUAAAAAAAUUAGACACUAGGUUAAUAUAGAUAUAAAAAACAAAAUUUAACAAAAAAUAAUUGCCUUUUUAUCUCUUUAAACAAAAAAUAAUUUAUAUAUUCUGAUUAUCAAAUACAAUUUAUUAUAAAUUAUGAAACAAAUUUACUUGGUCAAAAAUAUAAAAAUCGAUCAUUCAAAAACUAAAUUAAUUAAAAUUUUCAAAAUUCUGUUCAUGUUACAUAAUUAUGUAAAAAAAUUUUCAAUACAGAACGAAAAGACACGUCGAAUGAGUACCCACAACCCUAGGUUCCGAUGAGUUUCAUUUUUUUGAAAUUUUAAUACAGAAAUUUCGUAAUAAAUUUUGAAAAUUAAAUAUAGUGAUGUGAGUACUUAAAUUAACGGAAAUAAGUUACUCAAGACGAUCAUGGGAUUUUUUUAAAUAUUUUAUUUGUGGGUUGGAAUUGAACGGAAUAGUGAGUUUUUGUAAAUCGAUCGAUUUUUAAAUUCUAUAAAUUCAAAAUACAAUCAAGUUAUUGUUUAUUAGACAUAUUACUGCCAUUUAAAUAUUCGGUGGAAAUUUAUUAAAAAAUUAUUGUUCAUAAAUUAACUAAUUAAUUAAUUUAUUUUUAAUUAUUAAAAUUAAUAAUGCAGAUGAUUAUAAAUAACAACAAUAAAUAAAUAAAUAAUUAAGUAUCAAAAGGAUUGAAAAUAAUAAUUAACAGAAUCUAAGUCAAAUUUGCAUUUUUUUUAGGUUUAAAUUAUUGUUAAUAAGAAAUUAAUACUUAAUGAUUAAUGAUUUAUAGUUAUAUUUAAUAAGAGAGAUUAUAAAAUU